AUGUCGGGAAGCUCGCUGAGGCCGAUUCGCGAGGACAAGGAGGGCGUCGUCGUCGGCACUGCCGACGGGACUAACCACACCCUUUCGGACGAGCUAACCCCUGGCCAUCGGGCCGCAACGCCCCGCGCCACGGCGGAUGUCGGGGGCAGCAGCGACAGCGCGACGGCGGGCGUAGCAGAGGGCCAAGACACGGUCCCAGACGCGCCCGACGACGACGACGACGACGACGCCGCCGCCGCCGCCGCCGCCGCCGGCAGCGAGCGCGACCAACAAGACGCCGACGGCGGCAUCCGCGGGGCGGAAGAGUCCGAUCAGCCCAUCUCGGAGGCCGAGCUCGACCAACUGCUCGAGUUCCUGAGGACGAUCCGGAACGGCGAGGACAUGGCCGACUUGGAGGAGUUCAGUCAUCUGGUGGUCUACGAUGACAUCCCCGAAGGUGGGCAGACCAGCUACCCUCCCAACAACCACGAUCUUGCUCUGCGGGAGCGGGAGUUGGCCAUCCGACAGCGGGAACUUGCGUUGAAAAAACAAGAGAUGAGAAUGAGGCGUGGCCCCCUUCCUGGACCUCCUCGCAGGGGCCCUACGCCCUCCCUCCGCGGCCAACCCCACGGCGGCGGUGGGUUUAACGACGACGACGAAGAUGACGAUUACUUUGAUCCUACCGGGCCGCCGACUGGUCUUCGUAUCGACCCCGACAACUUGGACAUGAUGAGCGUGACUUCCAAGAAGAACCGCAGGAUACCGAGCGCGUCCAACUCGCGUAAACCCGAUUAA